AAUCCCAUGCUGCUCCCCCAGUCUCCAGCCGCUACCCAUCCUCAGCUUCCCACCUCCUCCUCCUCCUCCCGCCGCACGCGCCGCUCGGCACAGGCAGUCAGGCACAGCCAUGCGCGCGGCCGCCGAGUCGCUCCUCCUCCGCGGGCUGCGGCCGGAGUCGCUGCCGCGCCACGUGGCGGUGGUGAUGGACGGGAACUCGCGGUGGGCGCGCGCGCGGGGGAUGCCGCCGGCGUUCGGGCACGAGGCCGGGCGGCGCGCGCUGCUGGAGACGGUGCGGCUCUCCCGCGCCUGGGGCAUCCGCGCGCUCACCGCCUUCGCCUUCUCCCACGAGAACUGGAGCCGCCCCAAGACGGAGGUUGACUUCUUGAUGGGGCUGUUCGAGCGGGUGAUCCGCGACAGCGUCGCCGAGUUCUCGAGGGACGGGACUUGCCUACGUGUGAUCGGCGACUGCUCGAGGCUGCCGGCGUCUCUGCAGAGGACGGCAAGGGACGCCGAGGAGGCAACGAGGAACAACUCGCAGCUGGACCUGACGCUGGCGAUCAGCUACAGCGGGCGAAGGGACAUAGUGCAAGCCUGCCGGAGCCUCGCCCAGAAGGUGCGCGACGAGCUGCUCAGGCCGGAGGACAUCGACGAGUCGCUGUUCGCCGGCGAGCUCGAGACGAGCCGCGGCAGCGAGCUCCCGUGCCCCGACCUGCUCAUCCGGACCAGCGGCGAGAUGCGGCUGAGCAACUUCUUGCUGUGGCAGUCGGCCUACUCGGAGCUCUUCUUCACCGACACCCUGUGGCCGGACUUCGGGGAGGCUGACUAUCUUGAAGCGCUGUGCUCCUACCAGAGCAGAGACAGGCGGUUUGGCCGAAGGAAUUCCUAGUGCAUUUUAGAAGCUUUAUUUAUUAGUGCAUGGCUGGUUUUGUAGCCACAUUUGAUCAACAGUAGGUAGAUUGGGCGGAUAAUGGCGUUUCUAGCUGAUCUCUUAUACGCAAACUGUCAAAAUUGCCACUUUCUUUUAAAUUUAAAUUUUGAGGAAUA